CCGUAGAAAUUGAUAAGCAUUAUAUUUUAAAUUGUUUUCCAAUGUAGCACUUGAGCUUAGUUAAAUCAAAUCAUUCGUGUUAAUAACAUUCCGGCAACUAAAAUGAGCGCUCGAAAUUCGUUGUUCUCAACAGUAUUGUUAUAUUACAUAUGCGGUGGCCUUGAAUACAUAUCAGCGCAACCCACAGGUGUGCGCAUAUUUCACACUCUAUCACAUGGCUUCAAGAUCCCACAAAGUCAGCAACCGCCAGACGCCAUUAGCUUUGGCGGCAUGAAUGGAGGAUACAUGGCAACACAAUUGGAUCGACAUCCCUGGGAAAGACAUCGGUUUCAAGACCGAUACGGAUAUGACCCCAAUAAAGAUUUUGUAAUUGCACAACCAAAUUUUCACAAUUCUGAAAAAUUCAUGAUUAAUAGACUGAGUAAUAUACCACCAUUCGUAUUGAAUUCUGCAACUGUGCCUUUAGAAGCGCCAAGUGUAAAUGUGGCAUUAUCUGAGGAUGCAAUAAUCGUAAACCAUCCUUGGCAUAAUCCACAUGGCAGAAGGCAUCACCAUAGAUGUCAUCAUGACCACAGAUCAAUGAUUUCGGAUCCCGGCCUAAAGGAAGAAGAUCUACAAGGUGCAGGCUAUGAAGCUGGGAGUUUCGGGCAAACUACAAUCUUUGGCAAUGCUAAUAACGGCAUACGAGAGUGGGAGAAUAUUGGACCACAACGAAGAGGUGGAGGUAAACCAAAAGAAGAUGCCGUUACAGAUAUUACUCCAACAGUUUCUACAACAACGCCAGCAGCAAUAUCAACUACAACCGAUUCUGCAAAGGGAACCGUAGAAAUCACAGAACCAGCGUCAAAACCAUAUGAAACGACAACAAUCAAUACCUCAGCAGCAAUUUCAACUACAAAAACAUACGAAACAACAACAGUCAGUAACUUAGCUAAAAUUUCUACGACCGGUGCCACCGUAACGGUUGCGCCAACAGAGAGCACGUUUGAAAUUGAUGUAAGAAGUGGAUUGGCAUAAAACGCAAUUAGCAAAGGAAAGAAGAUAAGGACUAUAUUGCAACUGGGAAUGUGUUAUAUAAAUAUACUAACUUUGUAGUGGGUUUACUAAUCACUGUGUAUGAAUGUAAAUCGUAAUGCUGUUCCAUGUCCGGACUGAUAUCAUUUGCUGUGAUUUUAAUAUUUUUACUAAAAGUUUAAUUUGAAUGUAGGUUUUGACAUUUAGGGUUUGAUAUGAAUGUAUAUCGAAAUUACCGAGAUGAAGAUAUGAAUUGAUUACUGGAUGUCUGUGUGAUAUAUCUGCUUCAAAACUGUUACUUUAUUAGGUUCUACAUACAUAUCUCACAAACAUCUGAAGGUGAUCAACCAAAUUGUUGUGAACUUAUUUAUUAUUCCAUCAUAUGUAGUGAAAUUUGGGUUAUCGAGUACCAACCAUGCCCAGAAGCAACAAAAAAAUAGGUCCACAGAUUUGAAUCUAUGGAAAAAUUGGAGAAUGGCAUAGCUUCACCCACUUUUAUAUGGACCUUUUUACCUCACUAGCUACUGAACCAGCUUUUUUUAUAAAAUGUGUGGCAUGUUUCAUCUAAAAUGAUCGAAAUCGCUUGAUAAAAUCCCCCCCACUAGCUUUUACCGAGUAUGACAUGCCACAUAUAACCGGCUACGUUCGAACUAAGUGUUUCCUUACUUUUUACAUCAAGAUAAGCGUAGUACAAGCAGGGACAAGUUUCCUGUCUUACAGCGGCAUUCGAGAACAGUCACAUUUUCACAGUGAUGCAAAACAGUAAAUAAUAUUUAUUUCAGUGCCACACACUACAAUGCCGUUAUUUAUACUGUACCACAUGCAAUACGCAUUUCUCUUCAUAUUACUGCAAUGUUUGAUGUACCAGGCAACUGCAGUUUCAACAACUACGGAAGUAUCUCAGCAAAAGUGCGGUGAUAACGAAUGUCGGCAAUCAAACGAACAUGUCAUUUUAAUGAAAUUUAUACGUGAGCAACAACGGAAAAAACAACAACAACUUUUUGAAAACCCUGAAUCCGGUGGUAAUCGGCAACAUUUUAGACAUCAUUCCAUCAAAACAACAACAACAAGUGCGCCUACAAUACGCACUGUUUAUCGCCAAAACCUCAGUAAACUAAACUCAUCAAUAAACUCACAAACAAAUACAACAACCAACAAUCUUCGACGCAAUUCCACCAAGUUAGCAUACAAUACAACCACAGACACCGCCACCUCUCACAAUGGAACGGAGCCAUAUGCCGAACAGAUCGUACUUUACAUGGUAGCGCAACGUAAAUGCAAUCACCACCGCCGACGUUGUGGAAUUCCAUGAAAAUAAAUUUAUAUUACAUGCAUACAUUAUUUUAAAAAGUAAAAAAAAA